AUCCAAAAUGACUGUCGGGACUCAAGAAUCGAGUGGAAGUUACAAGUUGAAAAUUUUUAAUCUCACUGGUAACCUUGUAACUCACACACUCAUCGGUGCAACGGUUGGAGUGAGCCUUUUAUUUGCAUUUAGAAAUGGAUUGCCGUUAAAUCAAAUAAAUCUACACAUCGUACUAUGCGUUCUUGGGUAUCAAUUGCUGAUGGCCCAAGGCUUCCUGGCCCUGGUACCUGAGAACUCUUGGUCCUCCACUCUGCGACUGGUAGAUAGAAGGCGAGCACACUGGGUCAUGCAGCUCAUGGGUUCUGGGCUGGCCAUUGCUGGCAGCAUCAUCGCCAUUCAAACCAAAACUGUACAUUGGAAUACAGAACAUGGUCAAUAUGCACUUGUGGCAAUGGUCUUCACAGCAGUCUCACUGGUGAACGGCCUGUCGUCUCUCUACGCUUACGAGUUGAGCAAAUACAUCCGUUUACCGCCCAACGUCUCCAAGGUCCCCCAUAUCCUGUUCGGGGUGAUUGCCUUCGUCGCAUCCGCCAUCUCUCUCUGCUAUGGAUACGAUAAGGGAUCAUUUAGAAAUUGGUUCACACCAAAACUGGCGGUUACAGCGAUCGUUUUCACUUCCAUUUUCACGUUCCUCACUAUAAUCAAUCCAAUGAUAGUGUUCUUCAGAAAGCUCAAAGAUUCGUUUUCUAAGUAA